UUUCAGUCAAUGCAACCUGUUAUGAGGCUGAAGCUGCCAUGCUGGAGCAUGAUUACUGUAUCACAUAUGAUAAACCAUCUGAAAAACGUACGAAAAAAGGUGUAAAAUCUUCAACAGAUAAUAAAAUUUGUAGUUUGCGAUCUGAAAUUUCAAGACUGCGAAAAAAAGGGACAAAUCUUAAAGCAAGAUUAAAUAAUGCUGUGAAGCUGUCCAAAAAUCCUUUGUUCUACAAAUUUACCAAGGACAUGACAAGGCCUGCCAAACUUUUUACACAGAUGCAAGUGUAUCAAACGUCCAAAAAACCAAAAGGUAGACGUUAUACUACUGAUGAAAAAAUACUGUGCUUAUCAAUGUACAAAAAAAGUCCCAAAUGUUAUAAUGUUUUAUCCAAAUUCUUUACUUUGCCAUCAGCAAAAGCCAUGAAACGCUUGUUGGCAAAAAUAAAAAUUAAAUCUGGUAUCAAUACCAUAUUAUUUGAAAAAAUUAAGAAAACUGUUGCUGAUAAAGACAUCUCUGAUUGUUUAUGUUCAUUAAUUUUUGAUGAAAUGGCAAUAACACCACAAAUUCAUUAUAAUACACAAAAGGAUGUAUUGCAAGGUUUUGAUGAGGAAGGAAAAAAGUUUGCCAAUCAUGUCCUUGUAUUUAUGAUUAAAGGUAUAAAAGAAAACUUCAAACAGCCAGUAGCAUACUAUUUUACGAAUAGCUUAAACACUUAUGAACUAAAAAAAAUCAUUAAAAUAGUCAUUCGAAAUGUUCAGGAUACAGGACUUAUUAUUUUGAACACUGUGUGCGACCAAAGCACUGUUAAUGUAAGCGCAAUUACAAGCUUAAUAAAUGAUACAAAAAAAAUUUAUUUCAAAAAAGGUAAAGAGUGGCGCCAUGAUGUCAUACAAAUAAAUAAACAAAGCUUGAUACCUUUGUAUGACGUUCCCCACCUAAUAAAGGGAAUAAGAAAUAAUCUAAUAACUAAAAAUUUGAAAUACAAAAUUAAUAAUGAGGAAAAAAUAAUGAAAUGGGAGUAUUUGGAAAUGCUUUAUGCUGCUGAUAAAUCAUAUGGAGAACUGCGACUUCUGCAAAAAAUUACUGAGGAGCACGUGAAUCCAGAAAAAAUGAGCAAAAUGCGAGCGAAGAAAUAA